CAGUUUAUACUUUCGCUCCGAACAACUUCCAAAUUGUACAGCAAAAAUUGGUAAAAAAAAAACAAACAAAAAAAAUUUACUAUUUUUCUAUAUAAAUUUCGUAUUUCGGAAAAUGUGUUCGCCGUGCGGUCCCUGCAGCCCCUGUGAUCCUUGCUGCGGUCCCUUCGAGUGCUCGCCCAAGUGCUACAAUGCGGCCCAGUUGGAGGCACUGCCGCAAUGUGCUCCACGCAUUCCACCACCAUUUCCCAAAUGCAUUACUGUGCAGCAGCCACCGCGAAUGAUCUGCAAGAAGCGAGUGGUUUUCACGGAGAAGAUAGUGCCGGAACCAAUGGUGGUGAACAGAUGUAGGCAGAUCACCAUACCCAAAGUUGUGGAUGCCACAAGGGUCAUCAAGGUUCCCAAGUUGAUUUGGGUGUCUCAGAUGGUGCGAGAGCCCAGGGUCAUUUACUAUCCAUCGAUGAUACCCGACCCCUAUGUGGUGUGCUAUCCCAAGCGGGUGUGCGAGCCCCGGGAGGUGUGCCAGUCGAUCCUGUGCCAGCCGAAGCCCCAGACCAUCGAUAUCCCGCCUCCAAGAGAGUACUGUUGCUACCCCAAUGGACCCAUCAACUACAAGCCCAGUGCCGCCUGUCCACCCUGCCCCAUUGGACCUUGUGCUCCUGGAGGACCCUGCUGUCCACUGCCCUGCUUUUCCACCAAUCAGUACCCCGUGGCCGAGGGCAGAUGUGGACCCUGCGGACCCUGCGGACCUCGAUGUGGACCUUGUGGACCCGGCGCCUGUGGUCCUUGUGGACCCUGUGGCCCGAGAUGCGGUCCCUGUGGACCCUGUGCCGUGCCAAACUGCGGACCCUGUGGACUCACGAUGCCGUCGGGUCCGUUUGUGCCGUCGCCAUUGGGACCCUGCGCCCCCGGCAACUCCUGCGGCCCCUUCGGCAACAGUCCCGCCGGUCCCUGCGGACCCUGUGGCCCCUGCUCGCCCCCGUGUCCCUACGAGUCUCCGGAGUGCGGACCCUGCUAUCCCUGCGCCCCCACACCCUGGAACACGCACUGCGGUCCUGUGGGUCCCUGCGGUCCCCAAGUUCCUUGCGGUCCUGGAGGACCUUGCUAGGAUCGUAUCGUAUCAGAUCGGAUCGGAUCGGAUCGCCCUUUGUCAGAAAUCAGUGCCCUGUAAUACAGAUCAUCAUUACGUUAUCGCUGUCCUGCCACAAACCACACUCCCAAAAGUCUAUAGUUCACUUUGCUAUGUCAGCGCAUUGACGACUCAUUGGCUGUAAAUAUAAAUCGGAAAUAAGCGAA